AUCUCUGAAGAGCAGGAGGAGGAGAGUUGAGCGCAGUGUAGUUGUGACUUGUGCCGUGCGCUCUACCCCAGACUGCAGGUGUGCGUCUUUCUCCAGCGUCCACCAUGCAGCCCCACUGCCUCGUCUCACCGCUGCCCUGGUGAAGGCUUACCGCUAAUCUGAAAGGAAACGGGUGCACACGGCGACGUCUGAGCGGAGCAAAAAGAUGCCGGAGAAGAACUGAACUGUUGCCUAGAGGCUUGGGGAGAAGAAGGAGAAGAAGAAGAAGAAAGAGGGAGUUGUCACCGGUCAGCCUCCCACCCUGUUGGCCCUCUUGAUAGAGCAAAGACGGAAGCCUUUGGAGUAUUCCAUUUUUUCUUUCGUUUUAUAUUUUUCUUGUUCCUCAUUGCAGUGCUGGGAGGCGCUCUAUCUUGCCAUCUAGUUGCUCUCUCCAUCAUUUGUCUCCUCAUCUAUUUCUCCAUUUACCUGGUGUACAAUUUCCACUACUUUUAUGAGUAGGGGAAAAAAAUGACUUUUUUAUUUUCUUAGAACAUUAUUUUCCUCUCCGUCUCCAUUUGGUGCCAUUUCUAUGUAUCUGUCUAUCUAUCCUCUCCACAUCUUCCUUAUCAAGUCAAGCUUCAAUCUGACGUGAUCUCAACUUGGACUGAUUCUUCUUCAAAGAAAACAGCAAAAACUCAUCAAAGACACCUUUUUCCCCUCUUCCCCUUCCUUUUGGUCUUUCUAAACUCUCCCCACUCUCCAAUGCAUCACAAUAUCGUGGGACCCUUUAAUGUUACACUAGACUUGUAAAGGAGGAGGGAGCAGAAGCAGGCGGCCAAAACAGCCUACCAUGACCGGCUAAGACAGCCGAAGGCAGAGCAGAGCGUUGCGUGGCAGAGAACCCAGAGGAUUGGCUCACUGCUCAUCCUCCCUCAUCUACACAUCUCCAAGGCAACAGUUUAUCACACCUUUUUGCAAGACACAGUGUUCGCGAAGCUUGGAUGAAACCAACAGACAGAGACGAUUGAAAGUACGUCCCUCUGUCGGCCUCUCAUCUUCUUCUCAACGCACUUUUUUUUUGUGAAUCCUCACACACUAAUACCUGACAUUUUUUUAACGGACGGAGGUCAUUCUAUGCUUCAAGCCCAGUUGGGAAGUGAGCAAUAGCUUAGUGCCUCAACAUAUUUAUUUGAGGCGUUAUUUCCUUGUAUUGAAAAAGCAAGGGAUUUCCCUGAAAGACGUUGCAUCGACUUCUCUAAAUCCACACAGAGUUCCGGCUUGGACUGCCACACAAUAACACUGUUCACCUCGCCAGGUGCCCCCCCCCCCCUCUCCUGGGCCGCUCCCUUCUUCAGCUUCCCCUGUCCACCCCCCCUCCCACCCGAGGCUAUGAGAGGAGGAUCUGAGCACCAGGCAACACCAUCAUGCCAGCUCUGAAGCCCAGAGAGGAGAUCUGGGCUGGCAAUGUACAAGGGACUGCGUUCACACUCCUCCACGAUGCUUGUCAGCCUACGCCUCUCUCUCUCCCGUCUCCAGGACAGGCACUCCGUCUCCCCGUCCUCCUCCCUCCGCCCUCCUCCUCCUCCCACUCCUCCGCCCCCUCCUCCUCCUCCAGAAGAAGAAGAAGAAGACGAAGUACCCCAUCCCCUCUGCAGCCUCCCCCGGCGGGCCCUGCCCUCCCUCUCCCUCUCCUUCUCCCUGCUCCUCCUCUCCCUGCUCCUGCUCCCCGUCUGCGACGCCCGCCGGGGCGCUGGAGCCCCACAAGGAGGGGGAGGCCCUGGGGGGGGCCCAGGAGGGCAGGGCACCCAGAGGGGCGGGGGUGGUGGUGGCGGUGGGGGGGGCGGCGGCGGCGGCGGCGGGGGUGGGACUCAGAGGGGCGCCCCCCACCCGCCUCACUACCCCCACGGCCCCGCCCCCGUGCCCCCCAUCAACCCCAAGUUCAUCAGCUCGCUGAGCAUCGCCGUCCUGCUGGUGGGCAACUCCACUGAGGUGGCGCUGGGGGCGGGGCUGGACAAGGAGGACUUCCUGCACAUCCCCUACCCCCCCAAGGUGGACGUGGUGACCAUGAACGACACGGACCCCAAGAGCAUCAUCAACCGCAUCUGCGGGCAGAUGACGCGCAGCUCGCUGCAGGGCGUGGUGUUCGGGGACGACACCGACCAGGAGGCCAUCGCCCAGAUCCUGGACUUCAUCUCGGCCCAGACGCACAUCCCCAUCCUGGGCAUCCGGGGCGGCGCCUCCAUGGUGAUGGCGGCUAAGGACGACCACUCCAUGUUCUUCCAGUUCGGGCCGUCCAUCCAGCAGCAGGCGUCGGUCAUGUUGAACAUCAUGGAGGAGUACGAUUGGUCCAUCUUCUCCGUGGUGACCACAUACUACCCUGGAUACCAGGACUUUGUCAACAAGGUGCGCAGCACCGUGGAGAACAGCUUCGUUGGCUGGGAGCUGGAGGAGGUGAUCCUGCUGGAUGUCUCGGUGGACGGAGAAGGAGACACCAAGAUGCAGAACCAGAUGAAGAAGCUGCAGAGUCCGGUGAUCGUGCUGUACUGCUCCAAGGAGGAGGCUAGCGUCAUCUUCCAGGUGGCCCACUCCGUGGGACUGACCGGCUACGGCUACACCUGGAUCGUGCCCUCGCUGGUGGCCGGCGAUGCAGAAUUUGUGCCCGCCGUCUUCCCCAUCGGUCUCAUCUCGGUGUCGUACGACGAAUGGGAUUACAGCAUCGAGUCCAGGGUACGCGAUGCGGUGGCCAUCAUUGCCACGGCGACGUCCACCAUGAUGCUGGACCGGGGACCACACACCCUGCUGAAGUCAAGUUGCCACGGGCAACCGGACAAGAAGGGCGCCAGUUUGGCCAAUUCCAACGAAGUGCUUAAGUAUCUGAUGAAUGUGACGUUUGAGGGGCGUAACCUGUCGUUUAGCGAAGACGGCUACCAGAUGCACCCCAAGCUGGUCAUCAUUCUGCUAGACAAGGAGAGGCGAUGGGAUAGGGUGGGGAAGUGGGAGCGGGGCACGCUGACGAUGCGCUACCACGUGUGGCCCCGCUUCGAGCUCUACUCGGGGGUGGAGGAACGCGAGGACGACCACCUGUCCAUCGUGACGCUGGAGGAGGCGCCGUUCGUCAUCGUGGAGAACGUGGACCCGCUCAGCGGCACCUGUAUGAGGAACACCGUGCCCUGCCGCAAGCAGCUCAAGCUCAUCAACCAGACGGGCGACUCCGGUAUCUAUAUCAAGCGCUGCUGUAAGGGCUUCUGCAUCGACAUCCUGAAGAAGAUAGCCAAGUACGUCAAGUUCACCUAUGACCUCUACCUGGUGACCAACGGGAAACACGGGAAGAAGAUCAACGGCACGUGGAACGGCAUGGUGGGAGAGGUGGUGCUGAAGAAUGCCCACAUGGCGGUCGGUUCUCUCACCAUCAACGAGGAGAGGUCAGAGGUCAUUGACUUCUCCGUGCCCUUCAUCGAGACGGGCAUCAGUGUCAUGGUAUCCCGUAGCAACGGGACCGUCUCUCCCUCUGCGUUCCUUGAGCCGUUUAGUGCUGACGUGUGGGUGAUGAUGUUCGUCAUGCUGCUCAUUGUGUCGGCCGUGGCGGUGUUCGCCUUCGAGUACAUCAGUCCGGUGGGCUACAACCGUUGCCUGGCCGACGGACGAGAGCCGGGCGGUCCGUCCUUCACCAUCGGUAAGGCGGUGUGGCUGCUGUGGGGUCUGGUGUUCAACAACUCUGUGCCGGUGCAGAACCCCAAGGGCACCACCAGUAAGAUCAUGGUGUCGGUGUGGGCCUUCUUCGCCGUCAUCUUCCUGGCCUCCUACACCGCCAACCUGGCCGCUUUCAUGAUCCAGGAGGAGUACGUGGACCAGGUGUCUGGGCUGUCCGACAAGAAGUUUCAGAAGCCCAACGACUUCUCCCCGCCCUUCCGGUUCGGCACGGUGCCCAACGGGAGCACGGAGCGCAACAUCCGGAACAACUACCGGGACAUGCACAGCUACAUGACCAGCUUCCACCAGAAGAACGUGGACGAGGCCCUGCACAGCCUCAAGUCAGG